ACAGACGGCAACACAGUGGAGGCAUUCUCUCUCUCUCUCUCUCUUUUUCUCGCUCUUUCUCGCUCUUUCUCGCUCUUUCUCGCUCGCUCUUUCCGCGUGCUGCGCCGUACAGGCACGUCUCCCUGUCGGGUGCGAAUGGCGUGUCGUGCUGGCUGCUGUGUUUCCGCGAGGCUCAAUCUCUGUGACCGAGCAGAGUUCCCCAUUGCCUCCUCAGGAGAAGGGCAGCACAGUGGCUCUCCGCAUGGAUGGGGCAUGCCUUCUUCUCGAUCUCGACGCUUGUAUCAACGAGCCCAGGGAAGCCCCCCCUUGCCAGUCAGCAGGCGGCAGAAAUGCUCUUUCUUCGCUGCCGCUAAAGGUGGGGACACGUGCCAUCCGCUCUCCUCUUCCUCGCCUGUCCACUUUAUGUCAGUAUCGGUCUCUCCCUCCGGAUCUCUCUGUUCUUUGUGCGGCCGAAGAGGCUUGGCACUCGUAGCAGAGAAAGGACAAGAGGGAAUGGCGGUGUCAGGGCGUCGUCCACUGGUUGUCGGAAAGCCAAUUUCAGGAGGGAAGAGCAUGAAAGGGAGAGCUCUCCGGAGUUCCAUCUGUGACGGCAUCAGCAUCAACAGGAGGAGGAGAAGGAGGACGACAAGUGACGUGGGGGUGGGUAGAGAAGGAGAUUUCAAUGAACAGGAUGCGGAGGAGGAGGAGGAGGUUGAAUGGGCAAGCAAGGAACUCGUUCGUGAAGUGAAUGCGAAGGACAAUUUGUCGGCAGACUCAUCAUCACAGACAUUGCUGAGGGAUUUGGCGGCAGCUCAGGAGCGGGUCACAGCCCAGCGCAAUGCCAGGGAAGGGGGGAUGACCCAGACGGAGAAAGCUCUGAGCGGGGUGGACUUCGAUGAUCUGACUGAAAAAAUCUUAAAGGACGAGUCGGCGCAGGCGUUGCUGAGAGAUCUGGCUGCAGCUCAGGAGCGUGUAGAAAAAGCCAAGCGGGCAAUGGAAGAGGUGGAGAGGCUGGAGAGAGAGGGGUCGACAGAGAAUUCGUCCCGCCUCCUGAACGGGGAGGCUCUCUCCGCCCGAGUUGAGGCGGAGAUAGGCGAUGCUGAUCGGCGGGUAGCGGAGCUCGAGCAGGAAGUGCGUGCAGCAGAGGCAGCAGUUGCUGCUGCGGAGCGUGGUCUGGUGGAGGCACGUGCUGGAACCAGCUUGCGAUCCCCCAAGUGGGAAUCUAUGCAGAUCGACGAGAACAGGGAAAGGAUUGAAUCGGGGAAAACAGCUGCAGUUGCGGCAGUGGCUGGGUUGAUUGCUAGUCUUCCGGUGGCUGUCAAUGAAGAGCUUCCGCUGACGGCCAUCAUAUUCACCGAGGUCGUCGUGGCCAUUUCUUGUGCGUUGUUCGGGAUAACGUAUAGGUAUGCCGUCAGGAGGGAUGCCGGGAACAUCGAACUGAAGUCGGGCAUCGUUGCCGCAUUUGGACUGGUGAGGGGCUUGGCACAACUUGAUAGUACGGUCCAGCUGUUCCAAUCGUCGUCGUCGCCCAUGCAAGCUGAGGUGUUUCGGCAGCAGCUCCUCAAAAGUGGAUUAGACAUAGGGGAGGGCAUCAUACUCAUGGCUUUUGCAGCCGCAGCCAUCGAGAUCUGUCAGCGAAAUGGCUACCUGCAUCCCUUUCCCACUCGCCAGUCUUCCAAUUUGACAAGGAAAGGUUCUUAGUAGUGCACUCAUUUUGCCGAUGUAUGAAUUUCUACACCAUUGGAUUACUGCUCUUUUCUAUCCAUCUCUGCCACCACCACCACCUCACAGGUACACGCGCGCACACACAGAGACACACACACGCACAGACACACACACAACACACACACAACACACACACGCACAGACACACACACAACACACACACACACAAGAGAGAGAGAGAGAGAGAGAGAGAGAGAGAGAGAGAGAGAGAGAGAGAGAGAGAGAGAGAGAGAGAGAGAGAGUUUUGAACUUCUGAGAUGCCUCUCUACGUUUUCGAGGGUGAGAUAUCUUGCAAUGUGUCGAGGAUUGAUUUUCUUGCACACUUCUUUGAGUUUUCCGGAAAAGUUUUUUUUCCAAAGUCUUUAUGGGGAAAAAAAUAAGACCAGAUCCCCAGUUGUCUUUGGACUGUACAGAUUUCCUCAAUAGAUGGGCUGCAGAGGGUUAUCUUUUCUUUAUACGAGGUACUGCCGUGUGAACAAAAAUACCAACAUAUG